AUGGCCGAGCCCAAGAAACCCAUUCUCAACGUCGUUCACAGCCCCAAGGGUGGAGCCUAUGACGACCAACUUCUGCUUACGCCCGAGCGUUUGGGCCGGCUGAACGAUCACUCGUACGUGAGCAUCGUCAGCUCGAUGAGCGCUUCCGUUCAAUGGCGUCCGUCGGCGCUGGAGCCCACGAAGGAGGACUUGCCGCUGCAGCGACAGCUUACGGUCUUGGGCAUUGCCAUUGGAUCUGAGUACAUCAUCUCGGCCGGUGGUCCGUUGGUUGGGCUAAUCUUCCUCGUCUUGUUCCCGUUCAUCCUCGGACUCCCGAUCGCGUACGUCACGGCUGAGCUGAGCACCGCGUACCCACACGACGGAGGCUACACGGUUUGGGUGUUGCACGCCUUUGGUCCGUUCUGGGCCUUCCAGACGGGGUAUUGGUCUUGGAUUUCUGGAGUCAUCGACAACGCCAUCUACCCGGGACUUGCUGUCGCUACGUUUACCGAAGUCUACGGGUCGAUCGGCUCGCCCACGGCCGAGUACUUCAUCAAGGCUAUCAUCGCCAUCACCUUGGCGUUGCCGAAUCUCUUCGGCAUUCAGAUCGUGGGCAACGGCAUGGCGACAUUGUCCGUCUUCGUCAUGGUCCCGUUCAUCGUGCUCUUCGUCUGGGGACUCGUGAGUGGACACGACUGGAGCGCGCUGGGAGAAGUUCGUCGCUCUGAUAUUGUGUACGACGCCAACGGAGACUUUGUGAGCAUGUCCGGCAGUCUGGACAUUGACUGGUCCACCUUGAUCAGCACGCUCUUCUGGAAUUUCAACGGUGCGGUCGGCAUAUCGGUCUUUGGCGGCGAAGUGGUCAACCCCGGGCGCACCUACCCACGGGCCAUGCUGAUCUCGGUGCUGCUCAUUGCGCUCACUUACAUCAUCCCGCUGUUUGGCGCCACGGUCUUCAACUCGCCACAUUGGACGACUUGGGAAGACGGAUCGUUUUCGAGUAUCGCAUCGGAUUUGGGCGGAGACUUCCUGUCCACGUGGGUCAUGCUGGCAUCUUUCGGCAGCAACGCGGGCAUGUACAUCGCGGAGCUCUUCUGCGACUCGUUCCAGAUUAUGGGCAUGGCGCAGUGUGGACUCGCCCCAGCGUUCCUCAAAGCACGCAACAAGCGGUUCAACACGCCAGACAACGCCGUGUUCGCCAGUCUUUUGGUCAUCUUCGUGCUCAUCAAGUUCGACUUCGACGACAUUCUCAACAUGACCAACGCGCUGUCGGCUUUCUACCAGCUCCUGAUCUUCGCUGCCUUCAUCAAGUUGCGCUACACGCAGCCGGAACUUGAUCGUCCGUUCAAAGUGCCUAGAAGCAUGCCCAUGAUCUGGCUCGGCCUCUUGAUCCCAUCAGCGUUGCUCGUGUACAUUGCUGUGGACGUCUUCUUUACGCUGGUACCUGCUCUGAUCGUUGUCGGUGUCACACUCGCGGGUCUUCUCUACGGAUACUGGAAGAAGUUCUCGCGAGUCCAGUUCAACGACCUGAGCCUGGAGGCAUAG